AGAUCAACCAAUCAAAAGAGCAGCACGAUCGUCUUCGCGCCAGGCGUGAACAAGGUACGAAACAUACUUUGUUCUGUAAAACAAAGUUGAGGCGUCGAAAAUUUCAGCGAAACACAUUCUCUGGAAUUAAGAAUGGCAUCACAAGUGCAACGCCGACUUGAGUUUCCAGUGAGAAAGAGCACACGUGUGAAGAAAACUGUUGAGACAGCAGAGAAUGUGGACAGUUUUGAUGCUCCAUCAUCAACUGUAAGAAGGAGUUCUAGAAAUUUACAGAGAGGUUAUUCCACAAGACAAAAAGCUGCAUCCUCUACAGAAAAAGGAAAGUGCAAUCAGGCCAUUAAGAUGUCACAAAAGGAAUUUUCUACAAAAGAGAGUGCUGCAUGCACAACUGAAAAAAAGUGGAGUUUAUCUAUGAAAGAGACAUCUUUAUUCAGGCAGAAAGAUAUCCUGGACAUCAGACCAGUAGUUCACAUGACAAAUGAAUGUGAUAAUCAGCUGGAAAUCAAAAGUAAUCUACUGGUUUUGAAAAGUCCUACCAAACGAAAAACAGCUUCAUUGUUGUCCCCUCCGACUCCUCCCAAGUCUCCCUGUAAAUCCCCACAAUCAGCCAAGGAGUGUCAGAUGCCUUCCAUUGAAAGUAGUAAAGAUACGGCAUGUUAUGCAGUACCAAACAAAUGGACAAUUCCUUCCACGCCUGGGAAACUACCAGAACAUGUUUCUGUCCUUACGCCACUGAAGUCUCCCCAUCUAAGAAGUCUUCAAAGUCCAAAGAAAGUGUCUUCCAAAGAAAAUGAACCGUACUUCACAAAGAGUCCGAAACAAACUGCUAACAGACAAGUUAGCCUUAGAAGGCCAAAAUGUCAGAUUUACCAAACAGCAAAACAGGCUUUGCAUACAGCCAAACCAAAUCACCUGGUUGGGAGGGAACAGGAAGUGGUUGAAAUCAAAGACUUCCUUAGCCACCUCCUGCACAAAAAGUCAGCCGGCAGCAUGUACAUAUCAGGGCCACCUGGCACUGGCAAGACGGCCACUUUGCUUCACAUCAUUGAUGAUUUAAAGAUGCUGUACAGCUGCCAGAUCGUCUACCUUAAUUGCAUGAUAGUUAAAGAUGCGUCCAGCAUAUGCCAGAAGCUUUGUGCUGAACUCAACAUAGCAACACCCAUAGCUGGCAAAAUUAAUUUAAAGAGCAUGGAAAAAAUUAUGGUGUCAAGCAAGAAAAACAUAAUUAUGAUCCUAGAUGAGAUAGAUCAACUGAGCAGCAAACAUCAGGAGGUUCUUUAUCACAUAUUUGAGUGGCCAUCACUUCCUGGCUCCAAGGUUAUACUUCUUGGUGUUGCCAAUGCUUUGGAUUUGACUGAUAGAAUUUUGCCACGUCUGCAAACCAAGCCACAGUAUAGGCCAAUGCUUCUACACUUUGCUCCUUACACUUAUGAAGAGAUCACUAAAAUCAUCGAUGACCGAUUGUCUCAGAGUCAGAAUGGUGAUGUUAUUGUUGAGAAGAGUGCAGUUCAGUUCUGUGCCAGGAAAGUGGCUGCAGUUGCUGGGGACAUGAGAAAGGCUUUGGAUGUUUGCCGGAGGGCAGUGGAAAUGGCUGAAUCAGAGAUUCGUAGCCAAAACGUGUUGAAAAUUAAUGAUUGCAACAGUCCAUCGAAACCAAAAAGUCCUGCAGUCAAAAAGAUAGGAGUGGGACAUAUUUCUAAAGUGAUGUCUGAAGUGUAUGGCUCAAGUGUCCAAGCCCAGCGAAGUGAUGAGAUACCCCUGCAACAGAAGCUCGCUGUUUGCACCCUGCUUUUGAUUAUUAAAAAUAGCAAGUUUAAGGAAGUUCCCUUGGGCAAGCUAUAUGAGACCUACUGCAAGGUGUGUCGCCGACAGCAAGUGGCACAAGUUGACCAGUCGGAAUUUCAUUCUGUGUGUGUCCUGCUGGAGUCACGAGGAAUAAUUGGCAUUAAAAAGGCAAAAGAAACUCGUCUCUGCAAGAUAACACUGCGGCAAGAUGAAAAAGAACUUGAACAGACUUUACAGGAUCGUGUUUUGGUAUCCACCAUUUUAAAAGAUGGUCUCCCAAAGUAGUUCAAGCUGACAACAGUGUUCUUGGACCCAUCUUGACACAGGAAAAAGCCAUCUACAAAUCUCUAAAUGUUUAUUUGGAAUUGAUGAAUUUACAUGCAUUUCAGUUCUGUUCAUUUAAGCAUUGUACAGAUGAUUUUUUUAAUUUAAAGACAUUGUGCUGAAAUCUCGUGAUAUAAAGGUUUUAUAAAACA